AUGCAAAAAAUAAUUUUCGGUUCUGCCCUUUUUGUUUCAUUAUUAUUGAUAUAUUUCUAUAAGUUUGCGUUACAAAAUGUUAAUUAUUUGGAUAUUUUUGGCAAGCAAAAUGUCAAUCAUUCAGUUAUAUAUCACAUUCAAAAUGACAAAACGUAUGAAUGUUUCGAAAGUUUGCUGAAGCAUAAUAUUGUCGAGUUCACUGAAUUGAAAGGACUACAUUUUAAAAUGCUCACACUGACGACCCCACUGCAAAUGGAUAGGCAGUACCUUAAAGACACCGACAUGAAUGCAUGUGAGGAUGAACUCGUGUACUUCCUGCCAAAACUGCAGAGAGAUGAAUUGCUGACCAUGGUUGAACUGUUCAGGUUUUUUGUACAUGUCGCCAAAAUAUCCAACACCACGUUCUACUUGUGUGGUGGGUCGUUGGUUGGACUCACUCGACACAACAAACUACCCAUUCCGUGGGAUGAUGACAUAGAUGUUAUCGUUUCCAAAGAAAAUCUUAAAACGUUUAUGGAGGCCUUUCAAGAUGAAGUCGAACUUUUAAAAAAUUCUACUAAAAAGAUGUUCUAUUUAACUGAACCGAAGAUGAACUAUCACGAAAAUGGAAUAUACAAACUUUACGAUCUUGGACAAUAUACUGCAAAAUAUAAACUCUACAAUUUUCCAUUUGUAGACGUCUUCCUAUAUGCAGAAUUCAAACAGGACAACAUAUCGUACGUUUCAGACAUCGAAGGUUCGUCAUUUAGAAGAAAAUUCGAGGCUGGAGUUGUUUUACCAUUGAUUAAAGACAAAUUCUUAGGCGAAGACGUUUACAGGCCGUACAACAUUACCAAAUAUUUAUUUGGAGAUGAUUCGUACCUGAAGUCAUGCCUCUCCAGACAAUACAGUCACAAAUUCAAUAAACUUUUUGCUAAUAUUCGUGAAAAUGUCAUCAAAAACUGCAGCGAACUUGAAUCUUUCCCAUUUCACACAAAAGUCUGA